CUGUCGUCUGCCCGCGUAGGUUCUGGAUCAUUCUGAGGAAAGUCGGAGACCGUAUAAAUAUCUCGCUGCCUUGCAUAGCGAAGAAACUGCUGGCGUACGAAACAUUGGAAACUGCAAAUCUGCGGUACAUCGAUAUUACCAAGCACUUGACGAGGACAGCGGAAAGCUUGUUAAAAAGGACGAAUCAGAAUUAUCGACUAUUCAUUGUUGUUCGUUUUUCCAUCUUGAUCUAAAGAGGUCCAUUUCAAUUUGAUUUCUGCUAAUUCUGAUAAAAGGCUAUUACAACAUCGGAAAUGUCUAUCUGGUCACGACAGAAGCCGUCUGAUCCAUGGGAAAACGUAUGUUUUUCACGACGACUGGACCCGUUUUGGGGGGACGUGCUGGGUGCAGGAGACUUCUUUAAUCCACAGAGAAUAUGGAGAGGAGCAGCGGUUGCUCCACGCACUCAGAGACAAGGCGGCAUGUCAGAGUUAGUCAACAACGAAAGCGAGUUUCGAGUGGCUAUUGACGUUCAGCAGUUCAAGCCCGAAGAGAUCAACAUCAAGACCAAAGACAACAGUGUUAUCAUCAAUGCCUGUCACGAAGAACGCCCUGAUGAACAUGGUUAUGUCAAGCGGGAAUUCACUCGCCAGUACCGUUUGCCCGAUGACAUUGACCCAAACACAGUGACUUCCUCAUUGAAUGGAGACGGGGUACUGACCAUUAAGGCUCCAAGGAAAGCUUUGCCAGAGACCAGGGAAAGAAUAAUUCCCAUCACACGCGAGACAACACCUCAAGUGCAGCAGUAAAGAAUUUAACCACUUCUACAGUACGGUCUAAAAACAUUUUUGGUGAGCAAGUGAUGCAAACAAUAACUGUGCAGCAAAAUGGAAAAGACCUGCUUUGGAUACGAAGUUAUCUCCCCGUGCUUUUAGCACUUCAGACAUAAUGCUCAAUGAACGUUGCCUUUGUACUUGUGCUGGUGACUAAUAAUUCUGAGCUUGGCACAAGUGAAGGACAAUUUUUUGCAAUGAUUGCAAAUUCCCAAAUUUUGUUAGUAUGUUAACACUAUGGGAUUCUUCUGUCAUUUGUUUGCAUUGAAAUGUUGGUUGUAGAUUUAUUUUCAUCUCUUGUACAAUUUUUUUAUUCUUUUGCAUUGUUUCCUCUUAGGACAGUAUCGUUACAAAAGUAAAGUUACAAGAUAAGAAGCACAUAUGUAUGAGUGCACGCGCGCACAUCCAUGUCCAUGCGUUUGAUGAAGCGAAUGCUGUUUAAUGGAUCAUAUCUAGACACACAAAAAAAAAAUGUACUUUAACCAGGACUUACAGAUGGUAAUAUUAGAACAUGUUUCACUGUUAUUAGCGAGAUAUCUGCUUUCGCUGAUGUUCAACACCUUUUACAUGUUUUUUUUCGAUAAACGGUCUGUACUUAUUCAGUAAAAUUUAAAAUACUUUUUUUUAAAUGUUGAACAGCAGAGUUAACCACUUUUGAGCAUGAACAUUUCUUGCCAUUUAUGGAUUCUUUUGUUAUUUGUACUUUAAAAAUCACUUUGUUCAUGUUUUAUUUUCUUCCAUUUAAGACAUUAUCGUUGAAAAAAAUAAAUUUACACAAUCUGA